GUCCGUCAUCGACGAGCGAGCAAAGAGCAAAGCAAGAGAAACCGCGCAGAGUGGCGAAUCGAAAAAGUGAGACAAAAAUGGCCGAGGAAAACCAAAACAUCAUCUGCGCUCCGGCCGAAAGUGCCAUCAAAAUCCACAAAUGGAAAGUGCGCGAGGGCUAUCCCGUGACCAGCGGCAACAUCAUCCUGUUCUACGAGCUCCCGAACGGGCCGGAAAAGGACGUGAAGCGCCUCAAAGCCACGAAAGCGGGCGUCGUAAAAAAGCGCCUCGCAAAGGAAGGCGAAAUUGUUGAUAAAGGGAAACCUUUACUGGCCCUGGAACAGUGCAGCCACACGACGGUCAUAAAUGAUAUGUGCGCUGAUUGUGGGGCGGAUUUGCGCCAGGAUGAUUUGGCCGGAGGCUCGGAAGCUUCGGUUCCCAUGAUUCACUCGGUGCCGGAGCUCAAAGUAACGGAAACGUUGGCGAAGAAGUUGGGCCAAGCGGACACGGAACGGCUGCUGAGGGACAAGAAGCUGGUGCUGUUGGUCGAUCUGGACCAAACGUUGAUUCACACCACCAACGAUAAUGUUCCCAAUAAUUUGAAGGAUGUAUACCACUUCCAACUGUAUGGUUCCAAUUCCCCUUGGUACCACACGAGACUUCGCCCAGGAGCGUUGGAGUUUCUAGCCAAGAUGCAUCCCUACUACGAGCUGCACAUUUGCACCUUCGGAGCACGAAACUACGCUCACAUGAUUGCGCAGUUUCUGGACCGGGAUGGGAAACUUUUCUCACACCGUAUCCUGUCGCGGGACGAAUGCUUCAAUGCCACCAGCAAAACGGACAACUUGAGGGCACUUUUCCCGUGUGGGGACUCGAUGGUAUGCAUUAUUGAUGACCGAGAAGACGUUUGGAACAUGGCAGCCAAUCUCAUCCAGGUGAAGCCCUAUCACUUCUUCCAGCACACCGGAGACAUCAACGCACCGCCCGGGAUGUCCAAACACGAACUGGACGGGAAAGGUGUCGACUUCAAAGAUCUCAUCGGUCAAAUUUCGAAGGACAAGAAAGACAAAGGCAAAAAUAACAGUCGACCACCGACGCCAAAGAUUGAGACUGAUGAGGUAAAAUCAGAGGAAGGUACUUCCGAAGAUGGAAAACCUGUAUCCUCCACAGCGGAAGAGACGAAGGAUGAACCGACUUCUGCAGAGCCAUCGGAGCAGACUGAGGAGACAAAAACCGAAGAAAACAAACAGUCAGAGGAAAAGUCUAGUGAAAAGGAUUCCCUCGCGGGUGAUUCGAACAACAAGGAGAAAAAUGAUAAGGACGAAGAAGAAAAUUUGAUAGAAAUCGAGGAUCCGGACGACUAUCUGCUCUAUUUGGAACACAUUCUACUGAAGAUUCAUCAGACGUUCUAUGAGGAGUACGAAAAGACGAAACAGAUAUCCGACUUGAAGAGGCUAAUUCCUCAGGUGAAAUCGCAGGUCCUGGUAGGGUUCAACCUGGUAUUUUCCGGUCUGGUGCCGAACAGUAUGAAGCUCGAGGAAAGCAAAGCGUACCAGGUGGCGCGCAGUUUGGGCGCUACCGUGACACAGGACUUCACGCCGGACACCACCCAUCUGGUGGCGGUUACCUUCGGCACAUCCAAGGUGCACAAUGCCCGCAAGAAUCCCAAGAUCAAAAUGGUAACCCCGGAGUGGCUGUGGGCUUGUGCCGAACGGUGGGAACACGUCGAGGAGCGGCUCUAUCCGCUGAAGCAGUCGAAACCCUCCAAGAUGAGACAACCGCCGCCGCACUGUCACAGUCCCGAGCAUGCCGUCAAUUACGGAGAGAAUAAGAACGCAGGCGGUCCUUCGAAGCAACGUGGCGGCGUCUCGAAGCAGGAGCCGCCCAAGUUCAUCGACACGUUGAAUCCGCUGCUGAGCUUCUCCAACGACGACCUGGACGCCAUGAACAACGAUUUCGAUGAAUUCUUCGAAUCGGAGGACAGCAGCAGCAGCGAAGAACCGGUCGACAUUGAAAACCCUCCGAUGGACAAAUUGCUGCGCAAACGGAAACGCAACGAGGAAAAGGAAAACCGUCGCAAUAUCUUCAAGAAGCAGGAAGAGGAAGAAUCCAGCCGAACGCUCAUCAAGUACGACGAAACGGAGGAUAACGACAACAGCCAAACGAACCUCAGCUCGGACGAGGACGAGAGCCCCAGUACCAAGUUCCGUCGAGGUUGUGGCCUUCCCUCGGACUUGGACAUGGGAUCGAACAGCGAGGGCAGCGAUGAUCCCAUUGACGAUGUGGACGACGGCGACUGGAAUAUGAUGGGCGCCGCUCUGGAGAGAGAAUUUCUUGGUUUAGACGAGUAGGACGCGUUUCCCUUGGUAAGUAGGUUUUGCUAGUACAAAAAAGGAACAGUGACCUCACGUGUGCUCGGAUUAUCGAUCUGGUUUUGCUCCAGCCCCUUAAGGUUUUCUUGUUAAAUUGCAUGUACAUAUAGGAUACCCCAGUUUCUUUUGUUUAAGAUAACUUUAAGCUAUAUUCCCGCAAAUGUACACUAGUAGGUAAAACAGUUUAA